AUGAACGCCCCUUCUGCAACAGGUAUAUCCGACGAAGGAACUCCAUCAUCCUCACACUACCCUCCACUUGGACAAUGUUACAAUCACUAUCAAAAUCGCGGCUCAGUGUCUAGGAACAAUGGAAAUAAUUCGCCGGGGGAUGACUAUGAUACGGGGAUGGCCAGGUCCAAGAUAAUAUGGCCUGGUGAGACUGAAUAUUGCUGGAGCGAUGCGGUAACGGCCGAUGCGGUUCUUUCUUUGCUCCGUAAGGAGCCGGUCCAAGCUCCUUCGAGCAAUACCUCUAGAAGUGGUGGAAGCACCCCAGAUCAAGUCCGUCUGAAUUGCACUGUGUGCUUUAGGUACCUCAAGCAUGAUUCGUAUCCAGAAUCACCGAUCGCAGCUGGCUGCGACCACUCAACGGUGCCGGAGAUGCACAUAUGCAACAACUGUCUUCAACGGAGUUUGGAAAUACAGCUCUUUUCCUCGAAUUUGGGCCCUCUGACAUGCCCACUCUGCCACGAGCAACUGUCGGACGACGAAGUCCAGCGGUGGGCUAGCAAAGAGACAUUCGAAGCCUAUAACCACUUGCGAACGCGGCAAAUGCUAGAAGAGGAUGCUGAGUUUGUCACUUGUGUCAGACAAGAUUGCGGAUAUGGGCAGUUACAUGCCGGUGGCUUAGAAGAUCCAAUUGUCGUUUGCGGUUCGUGUGGGACUAGGACGUGCUUCAUACAUCGGCAUAGUGUCUGGCAUGACGGUUUGACAUGCUCGGAGUAUGAAGAGUACAUUCGCCAUAGAAGUGACGAUCUCGAGGCACGUAGUGAGUUCCAGACAAGCUAUCAAAUGCCUCCUGGAAUUCAUGCGCUGAGGCAUGAUCCAGAGGAUUGGUCCACCCAAGUGGCCAUGAGUAUGCGGACAAUUGCUGAGACAGCAAGGCUUUGCCCUGGUUGUAAUGUGGCCACAGAAAGAUCAGGAGGGUGCAAACAUAUGACAUGUGUCUUGUGCCAGCAGGAAUGGUGUUGGGACUGCGGUAUUCGUUGGCAACGGGGACACCUCGAUAUUGAAUGUAUCCAGCCUCUGUGA